CCCCAUGAACCCCAUUCAAACACAAUGUCCAAGCCGCAGCCGUUCCUGCGCGCAUUGGGGCGAUCAGCAACCCCCAAUGGCCCGAGCAUAGCACUCUUCACACGCGCAUCCCGCACACCACGCUUCCAAUGCCUCCGCCAACCCCUCCAACGGCGGUUCAAGAGCACGCAGCCGGCCGAUAAUCCAGACUUUGAGUCUAUCCUCGACAAGCCGGUUCGCAUAAUGAGGAGCGGGAAGCAGCAUGGGCCGGGAUUGAUAAUACUGGCCCUCAUCCCCGUCACCGCCUUCAUCCUCGGCACCUGGCAAGUCCAGCGCCUGGCCUGGAAAACCACCCUCCUGGCCUCGCUCGAAGACCGCCUCGUGCGCCCCCCGCUGCCGCUGCCGCCCAACAUCGACCCGGCCGCCAUCCCCUCCUUCGACUACCGCCGCGUCUACGCGACGGGCAUCCUGCGCCACGAUCUCGAAAUGCUCGUCGGCCCGCGGCUGCACGACGGCGACGACGGCUACCUCGUCGUCACGCCCUUGGAGCGCACCGACGACGCCGGGAAGAAGGCGCGGAUCCUCGUGUGCCGGGGGUGGAUACGGAAGGACAAGGCGGACCAGAAGACGCGCGCCGAGGGCUUGCCGCGGGGCGAGGUGACGGUGCAGGGGUUGCUCAGGGAGCCGUGGAAGAAGAACAUGUUCACGCCCGUGAACAGCCCGGCGCGGGGGCUGUGGCAUUUCCCGGAUGUCGGCGAGAUGGCGCAGUGGACGGGCAGCCAGGCGGUGUGGAUCGAGGAGACGAUGCGGCCGGAUCUGCUGCUGGCGUACGAUCGCGAGGCGAAAGGGGUGCCGAUUGGCAGGCCGGCCGAGGUGAAUAUUAGGAAUAAUCAUACGCAGUAUAUCUUCACGUGGUAUGCGUUAUCUGCGUUCACGACGGUGAUGCUUUGGAUGGUCGUUAAGAAGCCGCCGUCGAAUACGGCAGCAAGGGUGAGGCAUAGUACACAGUGGUGAUUUCAGCCGCCAUCUAUCAUCAUUCAUUCAUUCCUCCUGCAUGGUCUCCAUCCGCGUCCGUCUCGGCCGCUUCACUUUCCCUGGCGGCGCCAUCCGGAUCUCCUGAAGUAACUCCCUGGGCAGCAGCUUCUGCGCUAGCGAGAAAGACGACGUGUUGGCAUUGAUCUGUCGUUGUCUGUUGAAAGUUUGUUAGCGUUGGGUGUAUAUAUGUACAGUAAUGUAACAUACCUCUUCAUAAGCGUAAUGACAUCAGAGUCAUC